AGAGUUUUUCUUCUUGUGAGCUUCGCGGCGGUGUAUGGGAAGGCGCCGCGUUUGGUGCGGAAUGGAUGCUUUAUCGCUGUCGUAAAAGAUCGAAAAGAGAAAAUUGAAUCACCUCCACGUAAUUGGAGGAAACACACGCACACGCAGCUCUAAGGGAGGAGUGUCAUGCAUGCCCGUAUUGAGCGAGCAGUGCACGCGGAGCAGCACGCCAUCGCCGAGCACCGAUUCCAUGCGAAGGUCACAGCGUCGUUGCAGCACCUCGUCGCGGCGAUACACCAGGCGCCGCCGGUGCUAGCGGCGAGUCCAGGCGCCGUGGACAGAGACGAGAGGAAUGACGACGACGUCAUCGCUUACUGGACCAAACCUGAGCUGCCGCGUGUGGUGUCCGCCUUGUGCGAGUUGGAGCGACUCGUGCAGGAUCGCGUGUCGCCUGCUUUUCCGCAGCGCAUGGGGUUUUCCCCUCCACACGACGAGUCCACUACUGCGAAAGAAGACGCAGAACACAGAACGUUGUACACCGCGUUGGUGGGCCAGCUGGUGUCGGAGCUCGUGGCACCGGUAAUGAAGUCCUUCUGCGCUGCCAGCAUCGCCGCGUUAGCGGAGCCGUCGUCCGCGGGGGAGGGCACCAGCGAUGUGCAAGUGCGGUUUUCUACCACAGCAAAGGGUCUGUUCUCCCAUGACGGUGCACUGCGCCUUCCGGCGGACGUCUACGUGGGAUGGCGGUGCUGCUCUCGCCUGCUGGAUUCCUUCCGACGACAGCUGGGUGUCAGCGAGGAGGACAGCGGUGCGGGGUGGUUAGAUGCCGCGUCGGCAGUGCUGGACGGCCUCCACCGGACCGCGUUCCAGAUCUCCACGGCGCCCGCGGGCCUGACAGUGAACGGAGGUGAUUACAAUACGAUGAUGCUGAGGAUGAUGACGAACUUCAAGCGGCGCGCGAAGGUCUGCGCACGCGUGGCGCACUGCUAUUGGUGGUGGUGGCGCUUCACUUAUGCCUUUGGUGAGGCGCGGGGAUGGGUGGAUGUGGCUUCGUCUUCUCCUCCUUCGACUCCAUCGCCGACCAGCAAGGAUGAUUUCCUGCAGCUGUGGUGCACGGGUCGCCGGUGUGCGACGAGCCUCCUCAGCGGUGUGGUGUUGCCGACCGCCGCUUACGUGCUGCAGACGUCCAUGGCGGCUUUGGUGUUCGACACCGACUACAACAAGUACAUCAACGCUGGCGGCGCUGCUGCUGCUGCUGCAAGCGUGCGGGCUCAGUGCGUUGUCGAUGCGGUUGCCGAGGUUCGCAAACUUGCCGCUGACGCUUUCCCUCACGUGGAUGGUGUCGGUGUUGGUGUCGGUGUCGGUGCAGGUGCCCCAACCACCUCCGCACGCGGCGACAACCGCAGCAACAACGGUGCCGAGCGAGCCGCAACGCACGCGGCGUGCGCUUCCGCUGUCGGCAACCCCACGCCGGCGGUGAUCGGUUUUGUGGGUCUCGUCGUGCACGAUGCCCUCCGCCCUCUCGCCGAGCGGGUUCUCGAUGAUCCUGCCGCGCUUCUGGCACGUGCGCCUGCGGCCACCGUGGGGCCACAUACAACGACCGCCACCGUUGCUGCUGCGGCUGCUUCACAGGAUGGCUGGGACGAGAGUGAUGAUGGCGACUGGGAGGAGGUGCCGGUGCUGGGCAGCGCCACCCCGUCGGUGUCGCCUAACGUGCGUGACGACCACGCAGACGCAGAGAAGAGCAGCGCAGCGGAGACGGCGCGCGGCUCUGCUGUUGAUCCUGCCGAGACAGCAGUAGCGGCAGUUACUUGCACACCAUCAUCAUCACCGCAGUUAUCGCCACCGGUGAUCACCUGCGUGCGCGACGCCCUCGUCUUUGUGCUGGACACGUUGGAGGCACAAUGUGGACAGGAGAUGGUGCGACAGGACACUAUCGCAAUGACGCUGAGGCGACUGCUGUAG